CAAAUAAUUCAAAAGACUUCGUGCGGAAAGUUGCAUUAUUUUAUCUCGCCCGUUUUCCGAGAAAAAACGCAUAAAAAUGAAUUAAAAUUACCGCAAGAAAUCUCAAUAACGGCCCACUGUACUUAAUUCGUAUUAAUUUUAUUUAUUAACAUCGAAUCUCAUUUCCGAUCGCACUCCAUACAAAGUAACGGAAUUAAGUUCAAUUACGAGAACAAUUAAAAUUUAUCGCAGAAAAAUAAUCGUCAGUUGUGAAGAUGCCACGCAAGAGAGUUGACGACAAAAUCGUUCAAUCCCCGACGGAGAUGAGUUUAAUCGCUCCCAGCUCGAAAGCAGGCACGCCCAGUGUCGCUGAGGGCGAAUAUCUCCCAAUCCCGGGAAACACCUCGGAGAUGCCCGAAGAAAAAGUUCACAUGAAAAAGCAACUUGGGCUGCUGGAGGGCUGUGCCAUCAUUCUCGGCAUCAUUUUGGGUUCGGGGAUUUUCGUUUCGCCCAAAGGUGUGAUCCAGAAAGUUGAUUCCGUGGGCACGAGUUUGGUCAUUUGGGUCCUGUGUGGCUUGCUGUCGAUGGUGGGAGCUUUGUGUUAUGCCGAGUUGGGCACAUCGAUCCCGAAAAGUGGCGGCGAUUAUGCGUACAUCUAUGAGGCGUACGGGGAUUUGCCAGCUUUUUUGUAUUUGUGGGAUGCUAAUAUUAUUUUUGUGCCGAGCACGAAUGCAAUUAUGGGCAUGACGUUUGCGAGUUAUGUGCUGCAGCCGUUUUUCCCGAGCGAUUGUGCGAUUCCGAAGGCGGCGAUUCAACUUUUUGCAGCAGUUACGAUUUGUUUCCUCACCUUUAUCAACUCAUACGACGUCAAAUCCACGACAAAGAUGCAAAACGUCUUCAUGUUCUGCAAAAUUGCCGCUCUCGGUGUCAUCAUUGUUGCUGGCGUCGCCUGGAUGUUCAUGGGUCACGUUGAAAACUUCGAAGAUCCGUUCGAGGGAUCAACGACAGACAUCGGAAAACUAUCGGUGGCCUUCUAUUCUGGCAUUUUCUCAUACGCCGGAUGGAAUUAUCUCAACUUUAUGACGGAAGAAUUGCGUGACCCAUACAAAAACUUACCUCGUGCCAUCUACAUUUCACUCCCACUUGUCACUGGAAUCUAUGUUCUCGCAAAUAUGGCUUAUUUGGCUGUCUUGUCGCCACAACAGAUGAUCGCCUCCGAGGCAAUUGCGGUGUCAUUUGGUCAACAAAUCCUUAGUUGGGCAGCUCCGAUAAUUCCCAUCAUGGUUGCGAUUUCGGCGUUUGGCGGGCUUUCCGUUCACAUCAUGACAUCGUCUCGCAUGUGCUUCGUUGGUGCCCGAAACGGCCAUCUACCGUCAAUUUUGAGCCAUAUUAACGUUAAUCACUUCACACCAACGCCAUCUCUCGUCUUUUUGUGUUUCCUGUCGAUCAUCUAUUUGUACAUCAGUGACGUCUACGUGCUAAUUACGUACAGCAGUAUUGUCGAGUCGUUCUUCAUCAUGUUGUCGGUGUCGGCGGUGCUUUUGUUCCGUUACACGAGACCCGAUAUGGUGCGUCCCAUUAAGAUACCGGCGAUAAUUCCGGUGAUUUUCGUGUUGGUGUGUGCCUUUUUGCUCGUUGUUCCGUGUUUCGAUGCGCCGUGGGAAGUUUUUUACGGCGUCGUGCUGACCGUAGCUGGAAUUCCCUUUUAUUACAUGGGCGUUGCAUGGAAAAAUAAGCCGCAAUGGUUCCAGGACAAGAUUUUGAGAGGCACUCAUGUCCUGCAAAAAUUAUUUGUGUCCGCGAAGGAAGACACGGAACCCGAUGUCGAGUGAAAAAAAUGAAUGAAGCGACCUGAGAAUUAUAUCACAUACGUACUCAAAGCAUGGUAAUGACGACUUUUCACCUUUUUUUGUAAUUUUAAUUAAUCUUUAUUAAUUUAGUAUUAUUUUUGAUGGCUUUCAACUCAAUUUCGAAGAAAAAAUCAAGUAAUUUAGGUUAAAAAGUAGAAUUUAUACAAAAGAUGAAAAAUGUAUACAAAGAUUUUGCUAUAUAGAAAUAAUAUAAAAAAAAUAUUGUAGAGAAAAAAAUCACGAAAAUCUCAUUUUGUACUUGAAUCCUAAGACAAUUUUUAAUUUAUGAUUUAAAAAAAAUAAAAUAAAACUAUAACACCGAUUUAUCAAUGCCAAAUUAUAGUUUACUACC